AUGUGGCGGCAUCGCUUGUCUCGCUUGCAAGAGACAAUGAUCGCGUCUUCGUCGCCUGACUUCAAUUUGAGUUUAUCAGAAAGGGCGUUCGCCACCGCUGGAGCCGCUUUUCUAUCUGCAGUUAUAGUAAAUCCUCUCGAUGUCGCAAAGACUAGAUUGCAAGCUCAUGCUGUUGGUGUUCCAUAUCAGAAUCUCCACUCCAAAUGUCGCUUUGAACCAAACACAAGUUCAAUUUUCGAAGUCGCUGUCUUUCCAAAUCGAAUCGAAAGGGUUUGUGUCUGGACUGCGAUGAUGUUGUGUGUUCUUGCUAUAAUCUAUGCUUUCACACUCAUCACAAGAUUCACAAGGGUUGUUGGUGAACUUUUUGGCAUAUUGAUUUCAGUGUUCUUUAUGCAAGAGGCUAUUAAGGGAGUUAUUAGUGAGUUCCAUAUAGAAAAUGAAAGAGUAGAUGAGUGCCAAUUUCAAUGGCUAUAUACAAACGGGUUGCUUGCAAUUAUUUUGGCAUUUGGUACCCUCAUGACUUCCAUGAAGAGUAGAGGGUGGAUGUGUGGUCUUACAGAAGACUAUGGGGUUCCUCUAAUGGUGUUACUGUGGACUGCAAUAUAUUAUAUCAAGCCUAGAGAUGUUCUUCCUGGUGUUCCUAGACGCCUUUUUUGUCCCCUUCCUUGGGAACCUGGAUUUUUGUCUCAUUGGACUGUCAUUAAGAUAUUUUUUUACUGCUGGCAAGAUGCUAUUUUGGCUACUGAAAUUAAGCACAAGAUUAGGAAGGUAGAUCCGACUUUGGACAUGGAGGCUGAUGAAGGAGAUAAUUACACACAUAUUCCAGUAAGAAACAACAGAGUUGGAUGA